AUGGAGCUUGCUUUGUUAGUUCUGGAUCGCUUGGCCCUCCGUGGUGUGCCGAUUUUGAACAUGAAAAUUUUCAAUAUACUCUAUCAAGCUGUCUGUGCACCUAAUCUAGCACCUUCGAGCCCGAACAAAUUGCGCCCAGAAGAGAGUUCUCCAAGUUCGUCUGUUGUUCAACAGACGAAGUCUCAGAAACAGAUCUUGUCUCGACUGUCCAAGAUACUCGCGGCGGCCAACAUUCCAUUUGACGCAGUAGAUGCGCGUCAGCUUAUGGUGACAUUAUUUCAAUGCGGGGAUUACAACGGAUUUUGGCGUCUGUGGCGCCAGUUUCCCUUGAAAGGUGCUAAUCGCACACAAGAGGACUACGUGCAGCUGUUCAAGUUGCACGCUGAGUUGGGCGAGGAAGUGCGAGCGCGCGAGUGUCUGUCGACAGGGGUAGCAUUGAUGAAUCAAGAGUCCCCUGCUAUUGUGCUACAAGGUCCGAUCGUGACAGCCAUCAUGCAUUGUAUUCUGGUAGCAGACCCGACACUCCAGAAUCGAGAUGGUGAAGCGUCUCUGAGCUUCUACAUGCCGCCCUGGACUGAGUGCCAGGAGGCACUUGCUCGGGAAAAUUGA